CCUACGUGCACGAUAUCUGCAAAUCCAAGCUCAGCAUGGCAGUCUUCCCCAACAAGAAGUUCCGCUCUGCAGCGGAAGCCAAUACAAUCGCAUCCCGCUACCGUUCCUCCCUCGCCCGCCACCCGUUCCUUCUCUUCGGCCUGCCCUUCAUCGUUACAAUGGUAGCAGGAUCCUUCUUCCUAACACCCGCAACUGCGAUACGGUAUGAGAAGCACGACAGGAGAGUGCGGAGGAUGAGUAAGGAGGAGGAAUUGGGUAUUGGGAAGGCGGGACGAAGAGUUGACAUGAAGGAAGAGUAUUAUAGACUCGCGGCAAAGGAUCUGGAUGAUUGGGAACAGAAGCGAGUUAAGAGACUUCCGGGGGAACAUGAUGGUGUGAUAUAA